AUGCUUGACUCCAUCUCUCCCGUCUCGGCAGUCAUCUUGCUGCUGCUCCUCGCCGCCCCGGUGCUCAUCAUCCCGCGGUUCUCAUCCGGCCCGGCGCUAUCCAACACAUCCAGUCUUCUACGACGCCUCCGAGGAUCCCGCCAGCCACCCAGUGAGGUUGUAUCACUGCGCGUCUACCCGAUCAAAUCAUGUCGCGGGAUCGAGCUCACGAAGACCAAGCUGCGUAUGCACGGCCUCGAUCUCGACCGGCGCUGGAUGUUCGUCGACGCCAAAACCAACGAAUUCCUCACCAUCCGCCAGAUCCCUCAAAUGACGCUCAUCAACACGGCCUUGGACACGGCGGACGAGACCAGCCCCGACGCUGACGGUGACACCGACACCCUCGUCCUCUCCAUCACCGGCGUCCAAGGCACCGUCCGCAUCCCCGCCUACCCCUCGCCGUCCUGGCUCGCCGCGCACACCACCCUCGCGCAGGUCAAGAUCUGGGACACCGUGACGGACGGACACGUCUACGGGGCCGCCGUCAACGAUCUGUUCUCGUCCUUCCUCGCCCGCGACGUCUGCCUCGUCUACAAGGGCCCCACGCCGCGCGUGCUCCAGGGGAACGGCGACCCGCGCCUCCUCGGCCGCACCCAGAGCACCAACUUCCCCGACGUCCACCCCGUGCUGAUCGCGUCCGAGGCGUCGAUCGCGGAGCUGAACGGCCGUCUGCAGGAGUCCGGCGCCGACCCCAUCACCAUCGAGCGCUUCCGGCCCAAUAUCAUCAUCAGAGGCAGUACCCCGUGGACGGAGGAUUCGUGGAAGCUCGUCCGCAUCAGCGGUGCGUCGUCAUCCUCGUCGUCCCUGGUCAUCGAUGUCGUGGCGCGCUGUGCCCGCUGCCAGGUCCCGAAUGUGAACCCGGACACGGCCGAUAAGCAUAAGACGCAGCCGUGGAAUACCCUGAUGAAGUAUCGUCGCAUCGACGAGGGCAUUACGUAUAAGCCGUGCUUUGGCAUGCUGAGUGCACCGCGCAACGAAGGCGCCAUUGAGGUGGGGAUGAAGUUCGAGGUGUUGGAGGAGACAAGGAAUCAUCGGUACGUGAAGGGGUUCUAG